UCGACGAAGACGCACACGGAUUAGCGUGCUUCGCACUUAAAAAAAAACAACAUAUAUAUCGAAUUUUCAUUGAAUCGAGAGAAAGAAAAACAUUUGCCACACAGAAGAAAAUUUUGGUGAAUCGCAGAUCGCGUGUUGUGUGCUCGCAAAUUUUAUUCACCGAUCGAAAAAUUAAUUCGGCCAAUCCUCCGUGCAGUGUAUAUAUAGAUAGUAAUUUUAUAUUUGCCCUAUUUAGUAGCAAAUAAAUCGCAACGUAAUUGUGUACCAUUGUGAAAUUGCAAAUGUAUCACUGACGAGGGCACCAACAACACAGAACAAAAACACCAGCGGCAAAAUUCACAUCUUUAACGCAUGAGAACGAAAUAAGAAGCAUGGAUAGAAGUGCAGUGCAUCGUGUGUAUAUUUGUAUCUUGUGAUAUGUGUAGCUCAAGCGACUUUUAAAAAGCAAUUCUCUAGUUUGGUUAGUCGAUACACACAAUGUGUAUGUGUGUGUGUGAGUCUGCAUAUGUGCGAGCAUUUGGCAUGGCAUAUAUAUUUCAAAAAUUGGAGUAAACAGAUUAGACUAAAUCGUGAAUUUAAAGCCUAACGAAUUAGAAAAAAAAGAAGAAAUAGAAUUGAAAAAUACAUACACACAUCCACGCACAACUUUCAAAUGAAAUGAAGAGACGGAAUUGAAUUGUUGCAUUUAAAUUGAAACGCGCAUCGUGACGUGAGAACGUGAUAUCGAGCGAGAAAGAGCAAGUAAUUAGGAUAGUGCAAAACAGUGCUAGAUAAAUAAAAGUGUGUGUGUGUGUGUUUUUUUAAAUAAUCUAUCUCUAUCUCUUUCUCAUCAUCUCUUGCACUCUAUCAAAGUCCCGGGGUAUGUGUUUUUCCGGUAACGAGCUAAGAAAACGUGUAUGUCACAAAUAUAAAAUGCCGUUGAUUGAGUGUGUUGCAGAAUUGUGUGUCGUCGCGAAAUUGUGCAAACUUAACUGAAGUGUACUCGGUUCGGCUUCUGAUAUUUGUGUAUACUGUACACACUUUGCAUGCGAUUUGUGAACAAAGUGAGCAUCCACUGAGUCCUUGUGAUGGUUGAAGAAUAUGUACAAAAUUCGAUUUGUGGCCGCGUCACAUCAAACAACAUAUAGAAUUCCUUCAAAUGCACCUGGAAACAUUUCAAAACAUUUUGCACAACAUUUUCAAUGUGAAAAUUUGAUGCACGAAAAAUAAAGACGUGAAAUACUGCAACCGUAAGCAACAUUGAUCGAAGAGUUUAUUUGUGUAUGUGUGUAAGCAUAAUGUAUUACGUGCGCGACUAAGAGUGAACACGAUUUUUGUUUUCGGAAAUUUGAUCAAAUGUGCAAAUCAAAUUGUACAUCGGUUGACAUAUCGAACGAAUGACAAAAAAUAAAAAGAAAGACCAAUCAAAAGAGGAGCAGAAAAAAAGCAAGACGAGUCAAUUUAAAACAGAAAGAAGAAGAAAAAAAAUAUAGUGAAGUUAAAUAUAAUAAACACAACGGAGUAAAUUAAAGAAGACACGAAGACUUUAGAGACACGGGCCAUCGCCACUGCUUCAACUGUAGCCAACAAGCACAUCGCCACACAGCACAUUUCUUUUUAGCGACAUAAGACUGAAUUUUGUGACAAGCACCCCAAUACACAGAGUAGCAAAAAUAAAACAAAAAUGAAAAAAAUGAUGAGCAGCACAGUAAAAAUGCAGCACCAGCACCACUAUCAUCGAAAAUCGAUUAGUCAGCAUAGAUUUGUAGCUGUAAUUUUAACACUAAUUGGAUUACUUCAUGGAGUUCAUUGUGAAAUAGAUGAAACAUUAUCGAUAGCACGAGGUAGCACAGUUCCGUUGGAAUGUCCGAUAGAUAUUCAAUCAUGUGGAAGUUUGCAUUCGUUGAAAUGGUUUCGCGGCAACGACCGUGUUGCGCUUGUGCCCGGUGAUGGUGGUACACCGAAUGUUGACGGCCCGUACCGUGGCCGCAUUACAAUUGAUCCAGAUGGUUCGCACACAAAACUAUAUAUUAAGUCGGUGCAAGUGCAUGAUGAGGAUACGUAUAAAUGCGUUGUUACUUAUUCGGAUCCAUUGGAUUCGUGCGAAAGCAAAGGCUUAUACAUAAUCAAGCUGAACGUAUUGGUUGAACCGUCUACAAUGCAAAUGCAGGAUGAGACGGGACAAAUCCUGCAGAACGAAACUGUUGUAGGGCCAUUGAUUGAAAAUGAACGAUUUGUAAGCUAUUGUGAAGCCCGAAUGGGACGACCACGGCCAAAUGUUGGAUGGUAUCUCCAUGGAAAACGGUUACCAGAAUCGAUAUCGACCAGCGAAGGUCCUGACGCAAAUGGUUUAUUCACGGAAAAAGCGAUGUUAUCGAUGAUAUUGACGAGGAAGGAAAUGGCAGCUACAUUCGAGUGUCGCAUCGAAUCCGAAGCACUUCAAACAAUCAAACGAUAUCAAUUAAAAGUCGAUUUACAAGUACGACCGAGGAAGGUGGAAGUGAGUGGCGUUCGAACGCAUACUGUUCAAGGAAGCACCGUAUCGCUGUUGUGUAAGGUGUUUGGUGCUCGACCGGCGGCAAAUGUAACGUGGUAUAACAACACUACACCGCUACGGUUGGAUGGGCCACACACCAUCAAUGAGAAAUCGGAAGAGAUCAGUGACACUACAUUCACAACGUAUAGUCAACUCUCGUUUACAGCGACGCGAUACGAAAAUGGUGUGAACUUCCGAUGUGAAGCAGACAAUAUUGUCAUGCAAAAUGAAUUAGAAAAACCGCUGAGCAAUUUUUUAUAUCUUACGGUUAUGUAUCCACCAGUCGUAACCGUUUCGCCAUCAAAUUUGCUGGUAACUGAAAAUGGUGACAUUUAUUUGGAUUGUCGGUAUGAUUCGAAUCCGUCGUCAUUGAAACGGGUUACUUGGAAACGAAAUGGCGUACCGUUAGUUGUAGACGGGCACCGUAUGGGUGGUGGUAAUGUGGAAAGCAUUGGUUUGAAAAUACAACAAGUGUUGCGUACCGAUCUGGGUAACUACACAUGUGAAUUGCAGAAUGAAUAUGGUAUCGGUGUAUCGGACAAUUCUAUUAGUUUGGAUGUUCACUAUCCACCAGUAGUUGAGCUGUUGAUGGAGCCAGACACACCAAUCAUCGAACAUGAUGCCGUCAAUGUGACGCUAAUAUGUCGCAUAAUCUCCGGCAAUCCGGCCACACUGUCGCGAGUUACAUGGUAUUUGGAUGGUGGAAUUCUUAAAGAACUACCCGAAUGCAACGGAGGUAGUGAUGAUGCAUUGUGUGGCGUUGAUCCGGACAUCUUAUUGUUGGAAAAUGUUGGUCGUCAUUUUCUCGGCAAUUAUUCGUGCGAAGGCCAGAAUACAGCCGGUGGUGGUAAUCGGAGCGUUGACAGAGAAUUAAUCGUAUAUUAUGAACCGGGAAAGGCGACAUUGCUACAUUAUCCAUUGGUGACAAGUAAGAAAAAAUCCGUUACACUAUUUUGUUCGGUUGAAGAUGGUGGCAAUCCAAAUGCCACCCAAUACAAAUGGUUGCGCAGCGGAAGUGUUUUACAAUAUGACACAGCAAUGAUAACAUUAGAAAAUCUUGGAUUAGAAUCGCGUACAAAUUUCACAUGCUAUGCAUAUAAUAAAGGUGGUAUUGGUCAAAGUGCUACCAUUGCAUUGGAUGUGUUAGCACCGCCAGCAUUUAUAAAAGCACUACAACCACGAACAGCCGCUCUAUUUUCAACGCAAAAUAUUUCGCUGUCGUGUCGCGUUGAAUGCGUUCCAUUGUGCACGAUAACAUGGUACAAAAAUGGCAUUGGCAUCGAAAAAUACGAUGAACGCUAUGUGAUCACUGAUACUUUCUUACCGGCCGAUAAGGCAAUUGGCGACUUUGAAAGUGUACUAUCAACAUUACAUUUUAAUAUAUCGGCGUGGCCAAAACAACAACUGGACAUUCAUCAAGACAAUGCCAACUAUUCAUGUGUUUCAUCAGCGAAUAGCGAAGGACCGGGCGUACGGAGCUCAACUGUUUUUCAUGUUGAAUAUCCACCUGAAAAUACAACUGUAUCAAACGUAACGGUUGAUGUGAUUGAAGGUAAUUCACCGCCUCGAAUCACAUGCGCUGGCAAUGCUUAUCCGCCGCUUCAAUAUCAAUGGAUUCGCAAUGGAACGGUAAUUGAUGGGUCGCUUUUGCAAAUCCACAAGCCAAUGACCCGUGAAGAUGCUGGAAUUUACGAGUGCGUAUCGCGAAACAAGCAUGGCACUCAAAGCGCUUCUAUCGAGAUCAAUAUUUUGUACAAACCCGACUGUACGAUAACAAGACGUGAAAUAAAUGAUGAGGACACGUUAGUGUGUACGGCAAAUGGAAAUCCAGCAAAGAUGAGUUUCGAGUGGACGGUGAAAAUGGAAAACGAGACCGAAAUAAUGCCAGAGUCAAGUACAGAUGAUUCGGAUACAGUGAGCCUUUUAACCAUAAACGAUGACAAAGGCCGUACAUAUCGAUGCAUUGCCAACAAUUCGGUCGGCAUUGGAACAAUGUGCAAUAUUGAAAUUACCGUUUGGCCAAAACGACAAUAUCACUGGUGGCAACACUGGAAUACAAAUCCGAUGAUAAUAAUCAUAGCAGCCGUGACUGCCCUUCUGCUCAUGGUUAUCAUCAUCUGCUGUAUCAUCAUUUGUAUAUGCCGUAAGCGACGACAACGUGACAAAUAUCACACGGAUGUGUCCAUCAGUGCAACACAUAGUGUUUUGUCCGCACAAGCAACAGCUGACUCACCUGCAUCAAGAUCAUGUGCGCCCGAAAUUCCGAAAAGUCCACCAAAAUGGCCAUUGCGACCUGGUGUGCUAGUUCACGUUAAAUGCGAUACAAAGCAAAAUUUGUGCGCUAAUCGUGCCCAAAGUCCAUUCAACGCAUCAACAUUGAAUACCAGUGGCAAUUUGAAUAAUGUUAGCUAUGCAUCACCGUUGCUCAGUACAAAUUCACGAAAUACAUCAAUGACUAGCGGUAAAGUUGGCAGUGGAUCAACAAAUCUAUCAUCAACACCGAUUACACUACCCGAACUACCAGCAAGAAAUACAAAAACAAAUAGUACUGUCAUCGCAAUCACCACCACUCCCACCACGAAUGUAAGUGGUGCAACCGAUUCUACAACAAAUAAUAGUAAAAAAACAACAAAAUCCGUUGCAAGAGCGUUGCUCAUCGAUGAGGAUGGAAUCACAGCAAAAGUUGAAUCCGAUGACAGUUCCAAAGAGGAUGGGGGCAAUCGAAUAACUAUCCCUACCACCAAUAAUACUAACAAUAACAACAACUCGACGGUCAUUGGAUCAGUGGACACAACAACUGGAUUGUUACAAAAUACAGUAACUGUCACAACGUCAGAACCAAACAAUGAUGAAUUGCUACGUUUCACCAGUUCAAAUUUGAUCGAACGCAUACUUGGACGUUUGCGAUGGCGACGAGAACAAUCCACCAACAAUAAUGCACACAAUGGCACCAACAAUGAAGAUGGCAUUCUGGCAAAGAGUAACAAACGAGCGGUGAGCCUAUUGCGUGCCACCGGGUGGUUUGGCAGCGGUAAAUCGACCAAUUCAACGACUGGACUAAUGAGUGACACAACUAAAAACCAAAUAAAUGGAAUUACAUGCAGUGAAAGUGUUGUCACUUACAAACGCACGCCAGUGACAUUACGACCGAUCAGUAUAUCAGACUCUUUAACCGACUCGAUCGAAUCACGGAAACAAAAUAGUUCAUCAUCUCCACGCGGCAAAUCAUCGCUGGGGGCCGAUCUGUUAACGGAUCCUGGAGAGUAUGAAAAUCUACCGUUUCAUGGACUCCAGACAGCACCAAAUAAACCAUUGGGCGCAGACAAUUUUCCUGGUGAUUUCGAUUAUGCCGAUGUGGACUUUCAUAACUAUGGCCCGAUCAAUUAUAAAGCUGCCUCCAUUUAUGCAUUAGUAAAGAAAAAUAAAAAUGGCAAUCUAACUGAAAUUCGAAAAUAAGCACAACUCAAACACGAAGUAGCAUUUAACGUAAAUUUUCCUUUCAUUUUUUUGCUCUCUUUAUUUUCGAAAUUGGUUAGAAAAAUUCCUGGAUUAAUGUGCAUUUUUGUAAAAAAAAAAACAAUAUUUUUUUGCCUUUCAAUCGAUUACAAACAUGCUGUAUGUAACAUGUAAAUGCUCUUGAGAAUGCAUAUAGCCAAAGUGAAGUGAUAGAUUAUUUCGAUCGUAAUGUAAAAUGUUAGGAAAUGUAUUUAAAUGUUCAUGUCAUAUUUUAAACAAAGAAAUGUGACAAUUUGUCAAAAAAAAAAUACUCGUAUGUAGUUCGCGGUAGAGAGCGGUAGAUUUUCUUUCGAAUGGAACUCAACUAAGCAUUUUUCAUUUGUUCGGUGUAAAAAAUUCAAUUUAAAGAACUACGCUAUAAGCCAAAUAAUAACACUUAUCAUUGUUUUAGAUUAAUAUUGAACUGCGUUCUUUUAUGCUCAUGUGAUUAUUUAAUGUAUUU